UUAAUUUGCCGACAUUUUAUUUAUAUUUAUAUAUUUUGUCUUAUACCUUAAAUUUAUAUUAAUAUACAGCAAAAAACAGAACUAAACAUUAAUUGAAAUUGAAAUGACCUUUGAUUUCAUGCACCCAAAGUAGUUCACGCGGAAUAGUUCGCUUGUCAGGCAUACCUUUAGAGUCAAGAGCAAGACCAACUAGCUGCAUCUUGAUAAGUCAAACAACUUCCUCAAUUUUGGAACUAUUUAAAACUCUUCGUUUUUUUCAAGAACAUAUCCUACAAAUUAAUAACGGUUACUGAUUCGAUCAUCGCCUAAGCAUAUGCAAAACAGUGCUUUCUUCCUGGACCGCUAUUUUUUGUUGACGUGAAUUUCUCGAUGGCAACAAACAUGCCAAAACCACGAAAAGUUUGAUUUUCUCCCUUUUUGUUCGGAAAAGUACAUUCACUUUCAGUAAUUACUAUCCGAAAAUAAAAUCACAUUCAGGAAGUGAGACGCGUUGCCUGGGUGGAAUUUGAUUUGACAACAUUUAUCUGUCAGAUGGUUUUUCUACGAUAUUUUCUAAUAUUGAAUAUGGUAAGCCCAUUUCAUUCUGACUCAGACGGUCCACUGAACUGAGUCGCGGACGUUUGAAAGCCAACGGCAUUUGCUGUCGGUUUACUGUGUUGUGUGGGCUCAGAAGUCGGAGUGUUAUUGUGAAAAUUCGAAAUAAUUGUUUUAUACUAAGUGAGCUGUUCGCUACGUGCAUAUAUUUUUAUUCUAGUUUAAGCGUUUUGAAUUCUUUAAAGUGAAAGAUGUCCUGGUUGGAGAGAAAGAAGGAGGAGGUGAUCCGCAAAAUGCAGGGAAUAACCGCGGAGUACAUGGAGAAAUUGUCGGAAAUAUGGUUCGAAACGCUCGACCGCAAGAACUGUGAUGAGCAUUUGUCGAAAAUGAUAGAACACGCUGUUACCUUUUACACUGACAUAAUGCAGGAGUCCCUCGACCGUCGAGAGCGCUUCCUUGCUGCAAUCGCCGAACGUCAGGAGGAGGCAACGGAGCUAAAUCGUUUGUUGAAAGUGGAAGUUGAGCUGAGCCCUAUAAAGGGACUGCCGCUGCAUACGGCUUUAGUAAAACUAGAGAACGGACUUAGCGAUUUGCGAAGGCAACUGAAGCAGCGGAAAGACGAGAUAAUUGAACUCUUGCAGGAACAAGAGGUGCUCUGUGAGGAACUUGGCGAAACGCCAAGGGAACUUCAUGACGACCCCCUGCCGACGGAAUACGAAUUGCAAACGUUCCGUGAGCACUUGAAAGCCUUGAGUGACGAGAAAAUUCGGCGGAAGUUACUGCUGGAUGAGUUACGAGCUGAGAUCCGAGGCUACAUGAAAGAUCUUGAAAUUAUGAUGGACACGACAUUGGAUUCAGUUUUGUUAAAUGACCCGCAAGUGUCGUUGAGUGAGUCGACGAUAAGCCAGCUGUGCAAGCUACGUGACGAAUAUAGACAACAAGUGCAUGAGCUCCGCGGCUCGAUAGAAAGGAUGAAGUCAAAGUUAGAUAUUCUCUGGAACUACUUAGAAGUGAGCCCAUCGGUCCGUCAUAAGUUCUCCAAGUACGUGGAGUAUACGCAAACUACGUACGACAGAUAUUAUCAAGAGCUAGAGCGCUGCGAGAAUCAGAAGAAGCAGAACGUGAAGAAAUUCGUUGAUCGAGUUCGUGCCGAGAUCUGUGAAUGGUGGGAGAAGACAAUGAAGUCGGACACAGAGCGGGCUCGGUUCGCUUAUUUCACGAAUGAAUGUUACACCGAGGAUUUGUUGACUUUGCACGAAAUGGAACUGGAAGAUUUGAAGAACUUCUAUAGUAGCAACCAGAAAAUAUUCGAAUUGAUUGAACAAAGGAAAGUUUUGUGGGAUCGAAUGGCAGCGCUGGAAGCGAAGGCAUCUGAACCGGGAAGGUAUAAUAAUCGCGGGGGUCAACUGCUGAAGGAAGAGCGGGAGCGUAAGACGAUUGCAAACAAGUUGCCAAAAAUCGAAGCGGAACUUACUGAAUUGGUAACUGAGUACGAGGACAAAUAUCAGAAAAAAUUUUUGGUUUUCGGCGAAGAUGUGAUUGAAUCUAUGGCUCGCGAUUGGGAGACGAAGAAGGCUGAGAAGGAGAAGUUGAUGAGUGCCCGGAAGAACGCGACUGUGUCAAACACGCCCAUGUCAGCGUCGAGAAAUAUGGCCAGAACGCCGUUGUCAGUAAAGAACUAUUCUACAAUCAAAGCAUUUUCGUCUAGUACAAAAGUUUCAGCUCAACCGUCUGGCGUUAAGCGGAAACUUCUGACUGUCGAAAGCUUGCUACCAAACGCUAAACGGAGCCUGAUGCACGAAUUGGGAAGUCCGAGGAAUGCAAGUAAGACACCUUUUAAAUCUCCCGCAAAGAAAACUCGUGUAAUUGCCACUACACUUAGAAGAAAGUCGGGACGAACUAGCAGCAAUUCAGCAAAAACUAAAAGGAAAUCCACAAAUAAGACGCCAGUGAAAUUGCCAAGAAUGAAAAUAACAAGCGAGAAUUGCACCGGUUCGGACACAAUGUCAUACGAUAUGUUCGAGGAUUACAUUGCGAAAGACCCAUCUUGCAGAUCUUCGGUGGUGAUUAAUGACACGAAAAGGUCGAGAACGAACACCCGAACAAAAUUUCUGACAUCAACGUCGACGUGUCCGACGCCUACCCCUCCGCGCAGUUCUCGCAAACUGACUACUAAAAACUUACCAAUUUUAAUUUAAUUAACCAUGAAGUCUUCUCAUUUUUUAAAAACUGGCAAUCUUUCUUAUGUUGCACGAAAGUAAGCUUGUUUUUCAAACACAAUAUUAAAACUAACAUUUGAUAUAAGUUAACGUACAAUUUUUGACUGCCGUCGAACGGAUUUCGUAUCGAACACUAUCGAUUGCAAUCAGGUAUACUUGGCAUGCACCAACCAUUGCUUGUAACUAGGUGAACUUGUGAAAAGUAGCCUGUUUGGUUUUAAGAGAAGUCGUUUGAAAGUCUUUAUUUAUAUUAUAAGAAUGUUGACUCAAUAUAAUAGUUUCAUAUGUUAUUUAUCUAAGCUAAUUAAAUUUAUCUGUGCAUAAUAAAGCAGAGUGCGUACCCGAUACUGGUGACGCACUUCACUUAGAUUAUUAUCCAAGACUAUUGUUUAUAUGUAAUUUAAAAGAAUAUUGUAUGCGAAUUGAAAAGGAACUUUUCCCACAUCUUUACUUUUUUUUUUAAAAAAAUUUAGACUCCACCUACUGCUAUCGAUUCUUAGCUAACGUAUGUAUAUAACUGAAAAUAGGAACGUUAAAGGUGAAUUAACGGGUACAAGGAACAGUUUGAAACUGUCAGUAUUUGACGAUUUAUGUGAUUUGCAAUUGCUGUCCACUGGCUUCACUUUUACAUUUCCUCGAGAAUCCUGCCUUAGUUUUUAUUUGUGUAAAGUUUUGAUGAAGCAUAAUCCAAUCGUUCGUUUAUAUUUUAUAAAUCUAACUUUGUUAUUGGUGACGGAUUGAGUAACAAGUUACUCAUUUAAUCAAAAUAGACCUAACUACUACGUGUAGUGGGGUGCUAACCUAGAUUAUAGUAAUGUAUACAUGUAUGUAAAUAGAAAUUAAUAUAGUUUCGUGCUUCGUGUAAAUAUGUGAUCUAAUGUACAAAUAUUCAAAGUAAACACUUUCCUCCUAA